UGUUGUUAUGGGUCGUCCGUCGGCGGCUCAGUCACUCUCAGUCGUCUUUGUGCGUCCGCAACGAUGAGGCGGCAUUUAACGGACGUCCACGCCGGCGGCGUCGACGUCGGCUACGUCGCGACGAAGUGCUUCUUCUUAACUGUCAUCGUCACUUUUUUUGGUUGUCACGUGACUUCUGGUCUUCAGACGCUACCAGAUACUGGAGGUAUCAACGGUCAACUUACCGCCAAUCAUUCCGUCGAUCAUUUCUUUUCGCUUUGGCUGGUUUUUAUCAAUGAUGAUGUCAAAAUAUCAGAUAAGCCCUUUACGAUAUUUGCACCAAAAAAUCGCCCAUCAGAAAAAGUACGGGAUCGUUUACGGAACUCAAGCGAUAUAGAAUUGUUCAAGAAAUUGUUGAUGGACCAAGUGAUAUUGGGAACUAAAGUGAACCUGAGUAAUUUAGAUGAGAACAAGAUCUAUUCUACUUUGGGUGGGACAAAUGUCACUAUAUAUCGUGAUAAUGAGGGAGCGAUUAGGGUUAAUAAUGCCACGGUAUUGGAGAAAGAGAUUGAGAUUCCUAAUGGCAUUCUCGUUAUCGUCGACAGCUAUCUAUUCGAUGAAGAUGAACCGGCGAUCAGCAGGAACGUAUCGGCCCGUGAGGCCCCAUCGGCCAUCAGACCUCUGGCAUUCCGUACCCAAAAACCGGCGAAUAUCGGACCGUCAGUUUCCAAUAUCAAGAGUCAAUCGAACGCGUCGUUUGUGGAGAACGUGAUGGAAGUGCUGUCGUUUCUCAAGAGUCGGGUCAGGGUAUUCCAGCACUUCGUAUCCAGGUCGAACGUUUCGGGAUUGUUAAAAGAAGGCGAAGAGUAUACAGUGUUCGUCCCGACGGAUCACGCGUUCCAAAGAUGGCACCCCAUCGACUGGGGAUUUUAUCCGUUCAGCGUGCCAGAGUUCACCGAGAGCGUCAUCGUUAAUCAUUUCGUUAGGGGCAGGCUCAAACAGGACACUAUCAAGGACGGUCAAGUGGUGCAAACGCUCGGAGGAAGGGAGAUACUUUUUAGGAGGACUCCUAAUUUAACAGUGAACGGAGCAACGAUAGUGAAAGGCGACACGCCAGUGGAAAAGGGCAAUAUCAUGUUCAUCGGCGAAGUAUUGUUUGUCAGCGAAUCUGUCGUUUCGAAAUUACACCAACAGCAUCGGGACAAAGAAACGCCGCCUUUAUUAGCAUUCCCGUGGUUCGGCGCCCAAUUUUUAUCGCACGCCUUUUUAGCCCUCGAAAGGGAUAAACGGUUUACCCACAUAACAAGAUUCCUGAACUUAGCAGAUUUAGCACCGCACGUUUCAGGCGCCGGCUACACGUUUUUCGUUCCAACCGACACGGCUUUUGAAGAAUUGGGCCUGGACAAAAUGCCCGACAACUAUCUGUCAAACGGAGAAGGCUUACAAAUUUUACUCAACCAUUUCGUCAAAGGCCGAUUGUACGACAAGGACUUGAAAAGUGGAACUGCAUUGGUGACUUUGGGCAAUCAGACUUUGAAUGUCAACAGAACAGCUAACAAAGUUCAUAUCAAUGAAGCCUUGAUAGUUGAAAGUGAAGUCUUCGUCUACAAUUUAGGCACGAUGUUCUACAUAGACAAAGUCCUCUACAAUACUUUGAAAGUGGUACCAAUCAAACCUCUUGGAGGCGAUAUUCAAACAAGUACUAAAGCUCCUUCAACUUCAACAACACCAAGCGAAAUUGAAUAUUCUACUGUUGAAGAUAUCGACUCUGUAACAGGAGAGUUGGUAGAAGAACACGAACCAGAAGUACUUUUUGGAGACGGUACCCAAGAAACUGACGAUAAAAGUGAAUAUACGACUUUGGGGCCUUCUCAAAACAUUUCGUCGCCAAAAUAGAUUAAUUAGAGUAUACCUAUUGUAUAUAUAAUACGUAAUUAUUUCCAACAUAACAGAAAAAAAUAAUAGCUUUGUAAAGAAAUUAUUUGUUAAAUAAAUAUCAUAUCAUGCUACAACAAUGUGUAUAGAUUAUUAACAAAAGGCUAAAACAUGCGUGAAAGUUUUGUACAGUUUUUUGGGAUAUCAAGAUCCCUUUUUAUUGAUUUUGAUGUAGCAAAAAAAUAAUAAUUUUUCUAAUAUUUGACUGAUCAAUGUUAGCGUUUUUGCAUAAAGCAAAGCAAUUUGUUUACCUAUAUUUAUAAAAUGAAAAAUAAAAAUAACUCUAGUUAUACAAUGUUAAAUUGUCUUUAUCCAAGAUUUAAAGAAAUGUUCCACUGUGUAUUAAUAAUAAUAAUAAUCUAUUAUUUAGUAGAAUAAUAUUAAUAUAAUAAACCAAUUUUUAAUAGUGUGUAAUUUAUUAUUAUGUACCUAAGUGUUUUAUUUAUAAUAAUAAUAAUAAUAAUAUUAUACAGAUCUUAUUUUAGUACCUACCAUUAACUAUUUGCUGCAUUUUCAUUGAAUAAAUAUUUAAUUUCAAGUUGUCUUUCUAUCUGACCAAUCAAUCAACGAUGUUACCUACCGUUAUUUCUAAUAGUAGCUUCAUUCCCUUAU